AUGACUGCUGGAGGAGAGGAACACGAGCCUUUGAUCACAUCUUCGGUUGACAACCAACGUGUUACCUUUAGUAAUACUCCACAUGAAGAUGGGUCACCAGCUUCCACGCCGCGCGGCAGUGGCGGUGAGACUACUUUAUCACUGCCCACACCUCGUAACUACGGAGCAAUCGGUGGCAUUGAGAAAGUCACUUACACAUGGUCAGAUAUAAAUGCCUUCGCCACAGAGUCCAGAUCUAGAAACAGAAAAUUCUGGAACUUUUGGAAGCCUUCAACAAGCGGAAUGUUUCAGCAACGAAAACAGCUUUUAAGGAAUGUAAAUGGUGCUGCGUACCCCGGCGAGCUGCUCGCUAUCAUGGGUGCUUCUGGCGCUGGGAAAACUACACUUCUAAAUACUUUGACAUUCCGCACGCCUUCAGGAGUUCUAUCUAGCGGUACUAGAGCCUUGAAUGGUCAGCCAGCAACACCGGAAGCCUUGGCUGCUCUAUCAGCCUAUGUACAGCAACAAGAUCUAUUUAUUGGAACUUUAACGGUUAAGGAACAUCUGAUAUUUCAGGCUAUGGUACGUAUGGACCGUCACAUUCCAUACGCUAUGCGCAUGCGUAGAGUUCAAGAAGUCAUAUCUGAGUUAGCACUUUCAAAAUGCCAGAACACAGUGAUCGGCAUCCCAGGACGUCUAAAGGGUAUUUCUGGAGGGGAGAUGAAACGCCUCUCCUUCGCCAGCGAGGUAUUAACAGAUCCACCUCUCAUGUUCUGUGACGAACCCACCUCCGGCCUGGACUCUUUCAUGGCACAAAACGUUGUUCAGGUUUUAAAGGGCCUCGCCCACAAAGGCAAGACGGUAGUAUGCACCAUUCACCAGCCAUCUUCAGAGCUGUAUACGAUGUUCGACAAGCUGCUCAUCAUGGCUGACGGCAAAGUUGCUUUCAUAGGCUCUCCGGACCAAGCCAACGACUUCUUUAAAGAGUUGGGUGCAGCAUGCCCACCCAAUUAUAAUCCCGCCGACCACUUCAUUCAACUUCUGGCCGGAGUACCUGGCAGGGAAGAGACCACGAGGGCAACCAUUGAUACAGUAUGUUCGGCUUUUGCAAAAUCCGAAAUCGGAUGCAAAAUCGCUGCUGAAGCUGAGAAUGCGAUGUAUUAUGAGCGUAAAAUAGCAUCUGGUUGGGCCGACCAACCCUGGUCUGAGGUGACCGCGUUCCGCUCGAAACGAUCUCCGUACAAAGCGUCCUGGUGGGCGCAGUUCCGGGCUGUUCUGUGGCGCUCUUGGCUCUCCGUCACUAAAGAGCCCAUGCUUAUCAAAGUUCGUUUCUUGCAGACCAUUAUGGUGUCAAUUCUUAUCGGGGUCAUAUACUUCGGACAGCACCUGGACCAGGACGGUGUGAUGAACAUCAACGGCGCCAUCUUUAUGUUCCUCACUAACAUGACCUUCCAAAAUAUCUUUGCCGUUAUAAAUGUAUUUUGUUCAGAGCUCCCAAUCUUCAUUCGAGAGCAUCAUUCAGGAAUGUAUCGAGCUGAUGUAUACUUCCUAUCGAAGACGUUGGCAGAAGCGCCAGUGUUUGCAACAAUACCGCUAGUUUUCACCACCAUAGCGUACUACAUGAUUGGCCUAAACCCUGACCCGAAGAGAUUCUUGAUAGCUUCAGGAUUAGCAGCGCUGAUAACAAAUGUCGCUACUUCAUUCGGGUACCUGAUAUCAUGUGCAAGCAACAGCGUCAGCAUGGCGGCAUCUGUGGGCCCUCCCAUUAUUAUUCCCUUCAUGUUGUUCGGUGGUUUCUUCCUCAAUUCCGGGUCUGUUCCUCCAUACUUGGCUUGGAUAUCAUACCUAUCUUGGUUUCAUUAUGGCAACGAGGCUCUCUUGGUCAACCAAUGGUCUGGAGUGGAAACCAUUACAUGCACAAGAGAGAACUUCACCUGUCCUGCUUCGGGACAAGUUGUUCUAGAUACACUCAGUUUCUCUGAGAAUAACUUCGUAAUGGACAUAGUAAACAUGAUUCUACUAUUCAUCGGAUUCAGAUUCCUCGCGUAUCUUGCCCUGCUCUACCGUGCGCGUAGGGCCAAGUGA